AUGGCCCGGGACGACGACUCCGACGCCUCGUCGGUCUCGAAGAGCAAGAGCCGGUCGCGCUCCAAGAGCGCCGAGAAGGCCGACGACGGCAGCAAGAGCCGCUCGCGCAGCAGGAGCCGCAGCCGCUCGCGCCGCAAGAAGGACCGCAGCCGGUCAAGAAGCAGGAAGCGCUCGUCGAGAAGACGCCGCUCUCGUUCUCGAAGCCGGUCCCGCGGCCGAGCUGAGAACCAGCCGUCCGGCAACCCGACGCGGGCCUUCGGCGGCGCGGCCCGAUUAUAUGUAGGAAACUUACCUUACGAGAUGACCACCGAGCAGCUCGCGGACACGUUCAAGAGCUGCGGAACGAUCGUCGAUAGCAUCGUGAAGAUGGACGGCCGCACAGGUCGGAGCCGCGGCUUUGGAGUUGUGGAAUUUAGCGAUCCGAAGGAGGCGGAGAAGGCGAUCGACGAGUUCCACAACAAGAACAUCGGGAGCGGGGACGGGCGGCCUUUAGUGGUCCGGUACGACCGCGAGGGCAAUCGCGGGGGUGCGGGCUUCGGCGGUGGUGGUCACGGCGGCGGCGGCUACGGUGGCGGUUAUGGUGGAGGCGGCUACGGCGGCCCGGGCUGGGGCGGCGGCGGCGGCGGCUAUGGAGGCGGCUAUGGAGGUGGAUAUGGUGGCGGGCCGCCCCAGGGGGGCUAUGGAGGCUACGGCGGCGGAGGUUACGGUGGUGGCUACGGCGGGGGCCCGCCGCAGGGCUAUGGAGGGGGCUACGGCGGCGGAGGCGGAGGCGGCCGCGGCCUCAGCGACCACGACAUCCGCGCGCGCUUGAUAGAAAGAGAGAAAGCCCGCGUCGCCAAGGAUUAUAGAGUGGCCGACGACAUCCGCAGCGAGCUCCAACGAGAAGGUAUUCGUAUUGACGACCUCAACCGGACGUGGUCGAGCGCCGACGGCCGCCACGGCCCGCGGCCCUCGGCCUACGACGACCCGUCUUUCAGAAGACCGGAGCCGGGCUUCGGGGGCGGCGGCCACGGUGCGGACCCGGACCGCCACCGCGACCGGUCGCGGUCGCGGUCCCGCGGUCGUAGGCGCCGCGACCGGUCCGCGUCCAAGGACUCGGCCAAGGACGACGACAAGGAGGACUAG